AAUUACUGUGACGCCUUUCCAACUAGAUCUUCCCUCGAAAUUCUUCCAUGGUCUCCUUCUCUGUGAAUGUAAGUUUCAGGUCCUCGAAAGUGUGAGUUUUUCCGUGCAUGCUAUAUUGAGUUAUGAAUUCGGGGUGAUUCAAAUGGGGAAAGGUAGACCUAGGGCUGUGGAAAAAGGUGUAGCAGGACAGAGUCUCAGUGUUUCAUCGUCUGGGUCAGUGAGUAUACCGUCAGGGCCUGUAUAUUUUCCCACCGAGGACGAGUUCAGAGACCCGUUGGAUUAUAUUUAUAAGAUUAGACCUGAGGCUGAGCCAUAUGGAAUUUGUAAGAUUGUACCACCAAAGAGUUGGAAACCCCCAUUUGCUUUGGAUCUAGAUUUUUUUACUUUCCCCACUAAAACACAGGAAAUUCACAAGUUACAGGCUCGUCCUGCAGCUUGUGACUCCAAGACUUUUGAGUUGGAGUACUCUAGGUUUUUAGAGGAUCAAUGCGGUAAAAAGUCAAGGAAGAAAAUUGUAUUUGAAGGGGAAGAACUGGACUUGUGCAAACUGUUUAAUGCUGUUAAGAGAUAUGGUGGAUAUGAUAAGGUUGUGAGGGAAAAGAAAUGGGGGGAUGUUUCACGGUUUGUAGGGCCAAGUAGAAAAAUUACCGACUGUGCAAAGCACGUCCUAUCUCAGUUGUACUCUGAACAUUUGUAUGAUUAUGAGAAUUUCUAUAGUCGGCUGAAUCAACAGACAGGCAAGAAAGGCAUGCUUGAGGAUGAACAAAGUGAUCAUGGCAUUCGAUCUUCAGGAUCCAAGAGGAUAAGAAGAAGUGUUGAUUGUUUGAAAGUUAAGGAUUGUAAAGUGCAGGAGGAAGAACAUGACCAGAUUUGUGAGCAAUGUAGAAGUGGUUUGCAUGGGGACGUAAUGCUUUUGUGUGAUAGGUGUGACAAGGGCUGGCAUAUAUAUUGUCUGUCUCCACCCUUGAAGCAAAUUCCUCCAGGAAACUGGUAUUGCUUUAAUUGCUUGAAUUCUGACAGAGACAGCUUUGGUUUUGUGCCUGGUAAGCAAUACACUUUGGAAGCCUUUAGACGUGUGGCUGAUCGGUCAAGGAGGAGAUGGUUUGGACCAGGACCUGUUUCUAGGGUGCAGAUAGAGAAGAAAUUUUGGGAAAUUGUAGAGGGAUUGGUUGGUGAAGUUGAGGUUAUGUAUGGAAGUGAUUUGGAUACAUCUGUCUUUGGAAGUGGUUUUCCACGCUCAACUGAUCAGAAACCAGAGCCAAUUGAUUCAAAAUUAUGGGAUGAGUACUCUUCUAACCCAUGGAAUCUUAACAAUUUGCCUAAAUUGAAAGGGUCAAUGCUUCGAGCUGUUCAUCAUAAUAUCACGGGGGUGAUGGUACCCUGGCUGUAUAUUGGGAUGCUAUUCUCAUCCUUUUGCUGGCAUUUUGAGGAUCAUUGCUUUUACUCAAUAAAUUAUCUACACUGGGGAGAGCCAAAAUGCUGGUACAGUGUUCCUGGUAGUGAAGCCGGUGCUUUUGAGAAGGUGAUGAGAAGCAGUCUUCCUGAUCUUUUUGAUGCACAACCAGAUCUGCUUUUUCAGCUUGUAACAAUGUUAAACCCAUCUGUUUUGCAAAAAAAUGGAGUUCCAGUCUACAGCAUAAUUCAGGAGCCUGGGAAUUUUGUCAUUACCUUUCCCAGAUCUUACCAUGGCGGUUUUAAUCUUGGUUUAAAUUGUGCAGAGGCAGUUAAUUUUGCCCCUGCUGACUGGCUACCUUAUGGUGCAUUUGGAGCUGAUCUCUACCAGCGAUAUCACAAAGCUGCUGUCUUGUCUCAUGAGGAGCUUCUUUGUGUAGUCGCCCAGUACAGUGACAUUGAUACCAGAGCAUCUCCUUAUUUGAAGAAAGAAUUGCUUCGCAUAUAUGAUAAAGAGAAAUCAUGGAGAGAAAAGCUCUGGAAAAAUGGUAUUGUCAAAUCAUCUUGCAUGGCUUGUCGGCAAUAUCCUCAAUAUGUUGGAACUGAAGAGGAUCCGUCAUGCAUUAUUUGCCAGCAAUGUCUAUAUCUUUCAGCUGUUGUGUGCAGCUGCAGGCCAUCUUCUUUUGUAUGUCUGGAGCACUGGGAACAUCUUUGUGAGUGUAAAACUGUAAAACUACGUCUUCUCUAUCGUCACUCACUUGCAGAAUUGCAUGACUUGGCACUUUCUGUGGACAAUUAUACUUCUGAUGAUAAAGCACUGUUUAGGAAUAUAAGAAAGCACUCUUCAUGUCCGGGCACUUUGACAAAAAAGGUAAAAGGUGGUUCCAUUACUUUCUCGCAGCUUGCUACACAAUGGCUUCUGCGAUCUAGUGAGAUUCUUCAGAAUCCUUAUUCAAGCGAUGCUGUUGUUUCUGUGCUGAGGGAAGCUGAACAGUUUCUUUGGGCCGGUCCUGAGAUGAAUUCUGUUCGAGAUAUGGUGAAGAGUUUGAUUGAAGCUCAGAAGUGGGCAGAAGGGAUAAGAGAUUGUUUAAGAAAAAUUGAAGCCUGGUUGUGUGAUCAGGACUUUGACAGAGAGAAAGUGCACCUAGAAUUUGUUGAUCAGCUGCUAACAUUUAAUUUUGCACCAUGCAAUGAGCCUGCUUAUCAUAAGUUGAAGGAAUAUACAGAAGGGGCUGUGUUGUUAAGUCAGGAGAUUAAUAUUGCUUUGUCAAAGUGUUCAAAGAUGUCUGAGUUGGAAUCAUUGCAUUCUAGAGUUUGUGGCUAUCCACUCUAC